AUGCGUUCAAUACUUUCCGUUGCCAGCCUUCUUCUGUUACCCCUCCCUGCCCUUUGUCAAUCCAUCACUGACAGCGACGGCUACACUGGGUACAAACUGGACAUCCGAGAAGAUGGCGACCCGCUCGCCGUUGUUUACGAAACCGAAAACACAACACUGAAUGUCUCUGCUCUUAUCCCAGAACCGGACGUCAUGCUCAACGCUUCCGUGCACGUCGGCGAGAUAUACAUCGGCGUCGACAACCUCACUGCGAAAAUCAACCUCGAUGCGCAGGUCCUCUCACUCCUACAAUUCAAUGCGGGAGUCGACCUCAGCAUUGAGAAAGUCUCGCUGUUGAUCCAGAAUGUUACCGCAAAAGUGUACCUCGAAGCCCGGCUCACCAACCUCGUCAAGAUGAUUAGCGACGUGCUCGACUCGGUCGACCUGAACCCCGUGAUCGCCGAGCUCGGCAACGGACUGGGCAGCGUACUCGACGACGCAGGCGACUUGAUCACCGAUGUUGCCGGCGGAGACGAUGAAACAACGCAAGCAAAAGCCAAGCGGGAAAUCGACCUCAUGCAAUUCGAAGUCAAAGAAAACAUCCUUUACUCGGUAAACAAUUUCUCAGGCAACACGCACAAGCGCCGCGUCCUGGCCCAAAACGGAGACAUUGUCGAGCAAACACUGAACAACUAUGGCUCCGUGUCCAGCGAACGCGUCGUGGGCAACUAUGAAAAAGACAUGCGCUUCAAUGGAUUCAACGAAAGUGUGACAUUCAAGGGGGAAGAGGUUCGCGAGGAAGAGUACAUCUACGAGCCUUUCAAGGGGCUCUUUUCCAUCUCAGGCGUCUUCAAGAAUAAAGUUACCGGCGAGGUGGUUGGGACGCAGAUUCUGGCUGAGGCGAGGGGAGGCGGCAGCGCGAGUAUUGGCAAUGUAGAUUGA